AUGACUACCUUUGGACUUAUCUCAUUCGACCGUGCUGCGGCCACCUACGAUCCCAUCAAGCAUCAGCUCAACAUCAGUGUCGAAGGCCGUGCACCGCAUGGGACACAUGGAAUUGAGCUUGUACCUGUCGUGUGGAUGGGCGGCCUGAAGUAUGAGUUAGACGGGUGGACACCAAGAUAUCCCGUCGAGCACAUGCCCUACAUCUUCGAGGAAUCAUUCAAGAUCCCCAACCUGGCCAUUGCUGCUCCUGCGAAUGAAAUCAUCAUUGUUUCACUCAACCACCCAGACGGGCUUCGGGUGAAGGUUCAUUGGCUUGGCUGGGGAGGCAGCCAGCUUCCCAAGUCGAUUGGCAAUGGGAAUGGAACUCCAUUUCCCAAGCACCAUCAUGAAGCAGAGGUCAUGCAUAAGCCUCCCAACGCGGACACCAUAAUCGCGCUGUACAAACAACCCUUCACCGUGAAGGAACCAAUCUCACCAUCGGGCCGCGGCUUCGCGAAGGUGCUCUUCGACCAAAAUGCGCUAUUCAUGGUCAAUUCCUCGAUCGAAGACGGGAUCAUCACCUGGACGCUCAACUCGCUGAACACGGGAAAAACCCAGGUGAUCGUAGAGCGCUUCGCCGGCGAAGGGCUCGGGCUCAUCCGCAAGGUCUACGACGUCGACGUGGUCGUCCUGGACAACGUCCUGGCCCAACACCACCACAAAUCGCAUUCCGAAACAGACGAAGUUGGCAGCACAGCAGCCAAGCCGCACGACGGCGCGAUCCUCGACUUCCUCGGGCGCGUCUUCAUCGCCGUCCGCAUCGUCCGCGACAUCGUGCCGGAGGCGCAGCUGCUCUGGGUCAAGGCGUCACUGCCGCACGGGAUGCCGUACCCGGUCAGGGAUCCGAACAUGCUGUCGCACCUGGACUGCCGGUUCUCGACGCCGUCGGGCUCGGCGUCGAUCCAGUCGCGCGGGUGGGGCGACUGGUGCCCGCCGUCGUUCUCGUCGCACAAGAUCAUUGGCAUGCACUCGCUCGAUGUCGAGAAGAUGCCCAUGAACAUCACUGAUGCCGUCGAUGCGAUGCGCAAGCACCAUAUCACCGACGCUUUUUGGGCGGCUUCCCUCGAGUCGCCGACGGUGGCGCCCGAGGAGCUGCCUGAUGAGCCGCCGUACUAUGUUUUCCGGAUGGUUAAUGGGAAGAAUGUGUGGGUUAGCCAGACUGGAGUCGUCUGCGUGACGGAUGCGUGUGAGAGUGUUUUCCCGAAGCAGGGUCUUUGA